UUCACUCUUUUUAUUCAGAACUCUUUUUUCCUCCAUCACUUGUUCCUUCUGCUUGCUUCUGAUUCCAAUGAAUCAGCAAGCCUUAGAGAAUCUGUGUCAAUUUUCAGAGGCAGUUAGCCCAAUGAUUACACGCUCUGGUACAAACAAGGAUAUCAUUCAGGCUUCUAUAGAUUCUAGUGCAUAUUUUAACUCUUUUUCUAAAGGUCAUCUGGGACAGUGUUUUAUCCCUCAAGAGUAACUACAAAGCCGUCAAGCUCGUCUCAAUUUUUUUUUGUUUAUCAAGGUUUGCUGUUUUUUUACUUUUCCUUCAAGCAGAUCUUCAAUUUCAGGAUCAAGUUCCACAAGGUAAAAAUAAAAACAAGACCCUCCCAAAAUCACAAAUUUCUCCGAGGAGCUUGUCCUAGAGAGUUAUGCCGACUUCCUGCUCAUUUAUUGCUCCUUGCCCUAA